AUGAGUGAAGAUUUAGAUAAGAGUGUGGAUAACAAAUCUGACUACAUCUUUGGUAAGACCUUAGGUGCUGGUACUUUUGGUAUCGUGAGACAAGCAAGGAAACUAUCCACCAAUGAGGAUGUCGCCGUGAAAAUUUUGUUAAAGAAAGCAUUAAAAGGGAAUGAUGUGCAAUUAAAGAUGCUUUAUGAUGAAUUAGAGAUCCUUCAAAAAUUAGAUCAUCCCAAUAUUGUUCAUUUUAAGGACUGGUUCGAAACUUUAGAAAAGUUUUUCAUAGUUACACAACUUGCAACUGGUGGUGAAUUAUUUGACAGAAUCUUAAAGAAAGGGAAAUUUACUGAACAGGAUGCAGUUGAUAUUUUAGUCCAGAUAUUAAAGGCGGUAGAAUAUAUCCACUCUAAAAAUAUUAUCCAUAGAGAUUUAAAACCAGAAAAUUUACUUUAUGUAAAUAGUUCAGAUAAAUCUCCUUUGGUAAUUGCCGAUUUUGGUAUCGCAAAGGAAUUAAACACAGGAGACGAACUUGUGUUCAAAGCAGCAGGAUCACUAGGGUAUGUGGCACCAGAGGUGCUUACCACUGAUGGUCACGGUAAACCAUGUGAUAUCUGGUCUAUUGGUGUUAUAACUUAUACUUUACUAUGUGGUUAUUCACCUUUUGUUGCUGAAAGUGUAGAAGGAUUUUUAGAUGAAUGUACUUCUAGUGAUCAACCCAUCACCUUCCAUAAACCUUAUUGGGAUACUAUAUCUUCAAAGGCCAAAAACUUUAUAUUGAGAGCUCUGACUUUAGAUCCAGAAGGAAGACCUACAGCGACCGAAUUAUUACAAGACCCCUGGAUUAUCUGUACAGAAUGGGAAGAAAACAACUUAUUACCUGGUGUCAGAAGGGGCUUCGAUGCUAGGAAAAAAUUACGUGAAGCGAUCGAGAUUGUUAAGUUGAAUAAUAGAAUUAAUAAAUUGAAAAAUAUGUAUUGUACAGAUGAUGAGAGUGAUUUAGAAGAAAAUAGCGUCAAUUCAUCUAGUUCUUCAUUGGCUAGCUCAUUUAAAAACAUGAGUAUUAAAUCAGAGCAAUCUGGACAAGAAUUAACUGAGCAACAGAAACUACUAAAGGCUGCUAUCACAAGAGAUACCUUUGCUCAGUUAGUGAAAGCUGCGACUCAAAAUAAAGAGAGAAUAUUAAAAUAUGAUGAGGAGAGCCAAGCUUCAAGGGAAGGUUCCGAUGUUUCAUCUCAAGUCGAUGAUAAUUAA